AUGUGCUGUAGUUUCUUCUAUUCCAGCAGGAGCUACCUACAGCUACUCGUGUCGUGAGAUGGAGGGACGUUACGUUAUUGUGAAUAUUCCUGGAACUUCAAAGGUUCUUACUCUCUGUGAAGUGGGAGUCUAUGUGAUUUUUCCAGGUAAUUUGGCAACAGGAAGAACCAUCACACAGUCAUCAACCAUUGGCACCUGGCUUGGUCAACAAGCCAUUGAUUUCAAUCCAGGUUUCAUACAACCAUCGUCAUCGUGUUCCUCAACCGAUAAUCAGACUAACCCAUGGUGGAGAGUGGAUCUGAGUUCUGUGUACAGAGUUAAUAGAGUCGUCAUCACAAACAGACUAGACUGCUGUCCAGAACAAAUCGAUGGAGCAGAGAUUCGCAUCGGAAACUCUUUGGAGAACAACGGUAACAACAAUCCCAUAUGCGCUGUGAUUUCUAGCAUUCCAGCUGGUGUUUCCUCCACCUACACAUGUAACAAUAUGGAUGGUCGAUAUAUGAGUCUGUUCAUUCCUGGAGAUUCAAAGUAUCUUACUCUGUGUGAGGUGGAGGUCUAUGGAGAAGGUAUGAUCAAACAA